CGAACGCGAACACAACAAACAUAUAGCCGAAUGAAGCGAAGAACCAACAAAAAAUUAGUGUUGAAUUAAAUCUCCCCACACACAACUAACUGUAUAUUCAUUAAUGGUGCAAAUACUUGUGGAUUCGUGCGAUUGCGAGGGAAGUGCAAGGAAUUUAGAAAUAAAUGAAAUUAUUCUACAAAUAUAAGUGGCAAAUUUUCGUUAAAUAGCGAGCAGUAAGAAAUAACGGUUUAAUAUUUAUAUGUGCAUGUGUGUAUGCAUAAAUUAAAUGGUGUAAUAAUCGCAGACGCUAGUUGAAAGAAAUUUACGUACUCCAAAUAUUUAGCUCGCUCCACCUACCCACCAACUCUACCCACACUCAAACACGCCUCCCACCAGCAGCGUGGAGUAGGAAGUGAUAUUCGUUGGCAUACAUAAAUAAAUAGCACAGGAGCCAAACAGUUAGGCAGUCAGUCCGCCAAUUGGGUUGUGCCUCCCUGUGUCGGUGUGCCUUUCGUGCGUGCGUGUGUGCGUGUGUGCGUAUAUGGUUGAGGUUUGGUGGCCUCACCGCACAGCUGCAGCUCGUCGAAGGACUAAAUUUGGCAUUUAUGCAAAAGAAAUUAAUUUUAAUUAUGCCUUUGUAUGUGUAUGUGCUUUAUUGUAUCUGUGUUUGGUGAUAAUUUAAAAAUUGCUGCUGACUAAUUGUCAAAGUGUGUGAGUGUUGGUAAAUGACAUCAACAAGUAAUAAAACAGAAAAUUUUAAAAGCGAAAAGCAAAAAGAUGCUGUAAAGCAGGGAAUAACGUGCAUUUAAUAAAAAAAUAUACAUAAAAAAGUAGUGAUAUAUACCAAAAGCGUGUCACAACAAUCAUUUAACGGUUAAUAGUCAGCCAAAGGCAGACAGCACACAUACAAAUAAAAAUGUAUGAAUAUACUAAAGAAUAUAAGAUAUUGGCCACAUACAAAGUCAAUGUGAAAGACCACCUGUGAGUCACAAUAAUAACAAUAGCAACAACAACAACGAUUCAUAAAUAUUUACACGAAGGAAUCGUCAUAAGACGACAACGCAGCCACCUACAUACAAACGCAAAUAUAAGCAAAUAUAUGUAUAUACUACUUAACCAGCGUGAGCAAUCGGCGACCAACUCUUAAAGCAAUUAAGCACCCACUUUAGUGACUACGCUUUGCUGCUCCUACAGCCCACCUACGUAGACGCCGUGUAAUAGCGACGCUUACGCCACAGCCUACACAUGGGUCGCCGCAAAGAUAAGCCGCGUCUCAUACCGGAACAGGAUAAGCGCAUCUGUCGCGCCAUUUGCCUCUGCCAAUUGACCAUGGUCUUGUCCUGUGUGUCCAUCGUUUACCUGAGCGUUGCCAUCUAUUCGCCAUCACUUAAAGCAUUCAAGUCUGGUUUCGAACUCGACCCCGUUAUGUGCCAAACGGUCGAUCGCCAAAUGCCAAAUAACUGCCCGUGGGCCUCAUGUGGCGAAUGGUGUCUGACGCGUACAAGUGGGUUUUGUCCACAAAUACACUCGGUGGUGCGGCGUAACGGUACCGAUAUUCAACUCAAUAACUGCACGCGAAUCGCCAAUACAUCCUGUGCCAUGAUCGACAUGAAUCGUUUGAACAAAUUCAACUGCAAUAACGGUACAGUUUGUAAUAAUAUUCGUGGCGUCUUCAACUGCUCCAAUGGUCACUGCAAAAACAUGUCCGAAUUCUUUUUGUGCCAUCAUAAGCCUGAUGGUCCUACUAUUAACUCCGCUAAGGACAAUACGAAAUUGAAUGGAUUUUUCGAGUGUCACGGCGUACACUGCACGAAGAUCAAGAAGCCAUUCACAUGCGAUCGUUACUGCACGAAGAUUACAACGACAUCGAUCAAUGUGCUGUUAAUGCAUGAAGACACCGUUAUCACCGCCGAUUGCGACAGCGCUGUUGCCUUCAAUGAGGCACGCGGCAGCGAACAUGGUGUUAAAAUUGAACCCACCGAAAUCUGGAAGGAUGAAGAUGGUCAACUGCUGACCAAUUGCGCCACGGUGAAGCGAGAGGGCGACAAAAUAAUCGCAACGGACUGCCUGAAUGGCACCCUAUUGGAACCAGGCACACUGCCACAACCAUUCAUGAAUUUCACACAAUUCUGGAGCAUAUAUGCGAAUAGCACACAUUCCGUCGAUCCGGAACAGCGUUUCCUACCCAAUCAGGCCAAUCUGACAAUUUACACGUGGAAAAAGUUAUAUAUUAAUUUGGAGGGCUGCGUGAAUACAUUGCGCGGCGAGUGCAAGGAUUUUGUAGCACGCUAUGGCAACGAUGGCGAUAACAACACGGCACAGUCACGCUAUCAGUGUUACUACAACAAGGAUCCAGCUGUGGAAUUUGUGGUGGCACGCUACGACUUGGACAAGGUCUAUCGUGAGCUGUUGGUGUCGCUAAUUGUGCCGAUUGUUUUGUUUGUGGUUUCAUCGAUUUCACUUUGCAUAAUAACGAAAUUGGUCAAGGUUGGCGACGAUGCCAAAAUGCGCUGCGUCUGCUCGGGUGAUGACUCCGACUUGGAGGAUAACUAUCGUGGCAAACAACGCAAGCAGGGCACACAAAUAUACGAAACGGACGACGAUAUGGAUAUCAGGCGCAGAAAUAUCGAGGAGGAACCACCCAUCGACACACAUGAAAUGAUCGGUAGCACGAAAUCGCUGAUACCGUUAAGUCCUGCCACCGAAUCGGGCACCAGUGAUCGUACCUACGACGAUGAGAAAGCUUCCAGAUGCGACGCGCCCGAGAAGCCACUCGUCGAGCUUUAAACGAUAAUGCGACGUUGAAGCGGAGAUUCUAAUAUGCACAACUACAUACACAAAAUAUUCAUGCCGCCAUUUAUAAAAAUCUUGGAACGCGAAAAUUUCAACGGGCGACGAGAAUGACAUCAUUUGUAUUUAUAUCGCUUCAUAAUUAACGAUCAUUUGAUUAUACGAAGACACCAUAAAAUACAAUGACUGCCUUAUACGAAAAAGAAAUACAAAUACAACAACAAAAAGGGAAGAAACUAUUUAGAGAAGUAAAAAUUUAAAAAAUAAAAUAAAAAUAUUGUAAAACUUAUGUAUACACUAAUAUGUCGUGUAUCGUAUAUGUAUGUAAAUACACAGGUAUACAUGUAUUUAGUUUACCGUUAGGCCAAAACCAAAUGAAGAAAGUAUUUAAAACUUAAUCUUGCUAACAAAAAAUGAAAUAAGCACAUAAGUAGUUUACUCUUCUUAGAACAGAUUUUUCAAGCAAAUUUUCUAAGAAUUGUCUUGAAUAACAUAAGCUUGGUGUUUAUUACAACAAUGUUUUCAAAAACAAAACGUUUCCAGCUUUGAGAAUACGAUGGUGACUGAAAGUGUUUCUUUUUCAAUGUUUGAGUUUUCGAUUAGUCAAAAAUUCGAAAAAAGAUCAAACAAGUUGUGGACCAUUUAGGAGCCGGAUAGCGUUCUGUGAAAGUGGUAAAAAUUUCAAUAAAAAUUUUGAAAAAAAUCUAAUAUUUUGCAUACAUAUUUCUAUAGGCUAUACCUUUAAAAAUACUAUAAUAAAAUUUUUAAAUAAUAUUUCAAAUAUUUUUUAACAGACUGGUUACAGGCUUCCAAAGUGUAGGCCGCUCAGUUCAAUCAGCACCGCCAGUUUAUCCUUAAAGAGCAUUUUUAAUUCCUGCGGUUACUACUAGGAGACAAACGAUUCGAUAAUUAUCAUCCCUUCGUUCUCUAUAUAAUUCUCUUUACAAAAAUGAAUCAGAUUAUUGAUCUGUUCAAAAGUCAAAUUUCGGCACGUUAAAAACGACCAAAAUUUUCGAAAAUUUCGACUUGUUUUUCAACGCCUCUAUUUUGUGAUCGUAGGUCAUUUUAUGUACAAUAUAUUGAAUUUUUGCUUAAGUUUCAUUCACGGCUUAGGUCGGAAUCACUGCAAUCUCUGACCCUUUUAACGCAGUCGGAGAUGGAAUGCAACUCGAGAAUUAUUUAAUGUUUUUCUACAAAAAUUUACUAUGUAAUCUUAAAAUAUGUAUAAAUAAACACUUAAAAUUUUAAAACAAUUUGUAUUUCCCAAAAAUCGGCUCUUUUUAGACUUUGUAGUCUGUCUAUUGUAGGUGUGCUCUUAAGGUCUGCCUGAGAUCUUCGGUAGCUCUUUACUUAAGUUUUGACAACUAAAUGUCACCUUUUAAACGUAAGGCCGUAAACUUUUGACAGAUACUUAUAUAUGUAUAUAUAUUUAUUUGUAACUAUUAUUAUUAACUGUCAAACAAUAUGUCUUCACACCACUCUCUCCUCCUAUGGCUCAAUAAAUCCAUUAUUAGCGUAACUAAACAGGGUUUAUUGAAACGUUGUUGUCUAAGAACGUUGAUCAAAAUUUACAACUUCAAUCAAUCAAAAAUAAUCACUCAUUUCUAACAUAAAAACAACAAUUUGUAUCUGAAAAGCUUCACUAUAUAUUAGAAAUAAAUUGCUGGUAGCAUAAAAAAUCAGUUGAAUAUAUACUAUCGAAAAUGCAUUUCUUAUAAACCACCGAAGCGAAAUUUAUUAAGGGAAAUGAUCACUAGAUGAUAGAAGAAAUAUUAAAUAAAAAUAAAGUUAAAUAUACAUAAUGUUUGAAUUGUAAUAAGAGAAGCAACACUUUAUUAUAAAAGACAAUUAAGUCGAUAUUGAGAAACUCUAGUCUUAAACGUUAUUUUGAGAUCGGCUUUAUUAGCUUUUUGCUAAAAUACCUAAAGCUAAGUAUUUAGUGGAGCGUAAAGUUUAAAUAUUAGUUAGUUGUUGGCAGUUACUCAUAGCUGCCAAUAACAAGUGUAAAAGUUCGGUAACAUCACAUUUACAUACUCGGAAGUUCAACGCUGUUCGACUCUACGCUCCACUAUGUACUCAGCCUAAGCAACAAAGAGCGUUAAGCUUAAUCAAAAGCAUUGAUAGACUGAGUUCACACAGGAAGACUUUUGUCGAUCAAAACUAGUUUUUUUUUUGCUGGAGAGGACACGAUGAAGUAAAAUUUUUCGUUCUUGUUCGUAAAAGUUUGCUACGCAAUUUGCCACUCCUUUUCAUUUUGAAUUUCUUAUCAUGGUUGCAAUUGCGGUCGGUUUCAAAUUAGUACCUACAUUAAGUUCGGACCUUUUAAAGUAGAUUUUGAAGUUAUCUUGUUAAAUAAGAAAAUUUUCCAUACCAGAACUUGAUUUUUGAUCACUGGUAUGGUAUAGUGGUCGGAACUGAAAAAUCUUUCGGUGAUUGAAUCGUUGCCUUGGAAUAUAAUUCAUGCCAAAUUUCGUGAAGACAUAUUCUCUAAUAAAAAUGUUUUCCAUACAAGGACAUUUUUUUAACGAACAGUUUAUAUGACAGCUAUAUGCUAUAGUGGUCCGAUUUGAACAAUAUGCUCGGAGAAUAUAACGCUGCCUGAAUACUAUAAAUUUUAUUUUAUAUGGUCCCCGACGUUUCCUUCUGGGUGUUAAAAGCUUCGUGGUAAACUUAAUAUGCCGUGUAAAGGGUAUAAAAAUAUCUUUGUAUAUCGCGUAAGUGAAACGUAAAAAAAAUUUGAGAAUGUGAUAUGAAAAUGAAUGCACAAAAUUAACCGACUCGUGUUCCCAGAUUCACAGACUUUUUUUUUUUUGUUGCCAGGUUUUCAUUCACCCGCGACACGAAAAUUAAAUUUCUCGAUAAUGAACAACAAAAGUCUUCGUGUGUAAACCCAGUCUAAAAUAACAUAUGUAAAUAUGCAUGUAUUGUGUAUGUGAGCAUAUAAAUAUGUACAAUGGCAUUGUGUGAGCACAGCCCUGGGCAACGUAAUAAGCACGAUACCAACAAUUUGGCAAAGAAUUACAAGUUUAACUGCUAAAAAUUUAAAAUUUAGAAAGUCUCUAACUCUAAGUAGUAUAAAGUCGCAAAUGAGCAAAUGAACGGGUAUUACAAGUGUACGAUCGAAUUACUAUAUACUCGUACUACCGUUGUAAGUGUAUGUGUAGGCAUUUAUGUGCAUUUAUUCAAAUGUUAACGCGAAGCUAAUGCAAAAAUCAACAAUCACUCUGUCUGUUUUAUGGAAUUCAAACUACUUAUUAUUAUACACAAUAACAAAAAACAAAAACAACUAUGAAUUUAUAUAUAAGGUAAAAGAAAACUUUGAGGAAAAAUAUAUGAAAAAAAAUAAAAGUUUUAGUAAAAAACAUUUACGACAUUAUACAAAGAGAAUGAAUGGAUUUACUAAUAAUUAGAAACUUAUUUACUGUAAAUAUCUCAUUUAUUUACAUAAGCAUAUUUAACUACACUUUAUGUAACUAUGUAGCUAUCGAUGAAAUUUAUUGUGGUAUUUAAGAAAUAUAUAUCUGUAUAUACAUAUAUAUGUAUACAUAUAUUUAUGUACAUACAUGUAUAUAUUAUGGGUGAUUUAUACUUUCUAAAAACGCACUUUAUGCGGCAUUUAUGCACCAAAAAAAAUAUGAGCUAAAAAAAACUAAAUUAUACACUCGUUAGAUUUUGAAUAAGGUUAUUUGUAUGCAUUUGAUUUGAAAAUCAAAAUAUAAUAACUGUAAUGUUAUAUAUGCCUUAUUUGUUAGUUGUAAGAUCAUGAGUGGCACCGACCUUCCUCAUACUCAUAAAGUCUUCUUUACUUAUUUUAUACAGUCAGGGUUGCAAAUACAAAUUGAAUCAAUAUAUAAUUAAAUUCUUUAUUUCAUAAACCCAAAAAUCAUAAAUCAAAAUAAUUUUCAAGUUUCUAAA